GAUAUUCUCCCCCACCGAUUUUCUGUUUUUUGUUUUUGUUAAAAAUGCAAUCAUCAGAAAAAAAAAAUUAUAAUUCAUGGUUUUCAAAGAGUGCUUACGACAAGCGUAUACGUCGAAGUCACGUAAAUCAACACAGGCUCCGAAAUGGCUUUUGAAAAAGGAUGAAUUUAUAAAAAUGCAGGAUUCUCCAAAAAGCCUUCUCGUCCCUGGAAGGAACAAAAGCCAAGAUAGUGACUUUUACUCAAAGCCCUUUUCAAGCCCUGCAAUUCAACGCAGCAAUUGCCUGCUGACAAAAAAGACACCCGGAUAGUUUGUCUUUAUAAAGACUUGAUUCAUCACUCUCGAUCAGCACUAGCCAAUUAUCAGCUCCCGUUCUUUGUCACAGAUCGCCCAACUCGCAAUGCCUCUCUCUCACCCAUCGCCUGCGGCCACGAUCGCCAUGCAUCAUCAUCACAGUAUGCAUUCUCCGAAACACUUUCAUCAUAUCCCUUCGAUCGCAGGCAAGGGAUCGACCGCUCGCAAGCAAUAUGUGCCCCUUCCACAGCCCGUUGCUACAUGUUCAGCAUUUAUUCCGCAUCCUCCGUCACCGCCUGUUCGCAGGCGCUCUGAUUCGCUAUCCAGCGACGUCAGUGUAAGCAGCACGUCAAGCACCGCCACUACCGGGAGCAAAAAAAACAACUACGAUGACAGAUCUGGCUCAAGCAAACAGCCCAAAAAAGUAAGAUUUGUCGAGAUGGUGGCAGUCAGAGAAACUUUUUCUUCAGAUGAAUACGAUCGUAGCACAAUCGACGUCUCGCCCCUCACUCGAGAGGACAUUGCAGAAGUUUUACAAAUCCGUGCUCAAAUGCAUCAGCAUACCCUCGAACUCUACCGACAACGUCAUCUCGCUGAAGAGGCACAAGUCCGUGCCUCGCGAAACGCUGACACACCGACCAAUGUGGUAGCUGGCUUCUACAUCACACCCGUAUCGUUCAAUCAUCCUCAGGCUGCUUCGGCCGCUACCUCCUCCCCAUCCCCCGUAUCAUCUGCCACGGAAUGCCACCUCUCCCGAACUCCAAGUUACGUCUCUCGUGACGCAACUCCGUGGCGGCCAGAUCCACUGAUCGCUCCAAAAUUGGAUCGAUCUCUUGUAUACCAACCGUGCUUCUAGCGAUACCUCAUAUACCUCUUCCUGUACCUAUAUAUCCUCAUAUUUACAAGCCUUCUUGGUGCAACCUUGCGACAUUCGGCCAAAGGAACGUGAAAGCAAUUGUAUAUAGUGUAGAAAUAGAACGAUUCUUGGGCGAUGGAAUAUUUGUUUAAGAUCGUCCAAUGUACAUUUAGGAUGAAUUCCAUAGCUUGCUUUGGGAGGACUGCUUCUUUGCUAAAGAAGAACUCUUGUAUUGAUAGAGAUCUGUAGCAGUUACUCGCAGCUAUUCCCAAUAAAAAAGAAAA